AUGGAUGACUAUCUUGAUCAGUAUUUCUCUUCCUCUUCAUGGUCCGAUGUUAAUGUUAAUGUUAAUGUCAAGGAAAGGUCAUCUUGGGUCCAUGGCGAACCGGAUCAGCCAAAUGCACUGCUGGCUUGUUCGCAAGGAGUGUACCAAGAUGAUAAAAGUGACGUACCGGUAAGCUUGAUCGGUUCAAACCAUGGCAUGGAGUGCUUGGCUGCACAUAGUACUCCUUUAGAUGUUGUUGACCAUGGUUUGUUGUCUGGAGCACGGAUGAAUGAUGAAAAUCGCACCUCGACGCAGAUACGCACCUCGACGCAGAUAGUAGACGGAAGCUUGGGAUUUGGAGAUCUGGGCCUGCAGUUUAAUGUGGAUGUUCAUUCCUCUGGCUCGGUGAGCCAUCAAGUUGUUGGUGAUAUGACUCCGUCUCGAUCAAGGAAUGCGGCGUGCAAUGGAGGUGAGUCUUCCGAGUUUCGGAGAUCACUUACAGGCUUAGAAAUCCUUUCUCCAGUUCCACAAUCGUGGCAUCCGCAACCGUAUGACGUUGUAUUUUCUUCCCUUCCGAGUUCGAUGGGACAAACCAGAAUGCAAAGCUCUCGUCUUCAACAUGAGAACGGAAACAUAGUUGAUGAUGGUAAUUAUGGCAAUAUUAGCAGAUUUGUGGAGAUCGAUAAGAUUCUGCAACCGGAGAACUUAUCAGCAUCGAUCAAUGCAAAGGGAAAAUACGAUGCUGAAAAUUCUCUCUACUCAUCUUGUCCGGCCAACCGUCCGAGUUCAUCACCUAAUCCAAAAAAUGGUUGCAAUGGAAUCGGGAAGCCUCGAGUUAGAGCACGUCGAGGUCAGGCUACUGAUCCACACAGCAUUGCAGAGAGGCUCCGAAGAGAGAAGAUUGCCGAAAGGAUGAAGAAUCUGCAAGAGCUUGUACCUAAUUCCAAUAAGACCGACAAGGCCUCUAUGCUCGACGAAAUCAUAGAGUAUGUCAAGUUCCUUCAGCUCCAAGUGAAGGUACUAAGCAUGAGCAGGCUGGGGGCAGCCGGUGCAGUUGUUCCUCUCAUCAUUGAUAGCCAAGCUGAGCAGGGAUCUAAUGGCUUAACACUAAUACCCUUGGUGGGCGAAGGAGUCAAUUGUUCGCCACCUCCCGAACAAGUCGUUUUCGAGCAAGAAGUAGUGAAACUCAUGGAAUCCAACGUGACAACAGCCAUGCAAUAUCUGCAAAGUAAAGGUCUCUGCCUUAUGCCGGUCGCGCUCGCUGCUGCCAUAUCAAACGGAAAGGCAACACCGUCGUCAUCGUCGGGUCUUGCUUCCAAGGAGAGGAAGAAACCCGGUUUCGCUUAUGGUGUUUUAAGCACCGAUGAUAUUGCUCACAACACCUGCAGCAGGAGCAGCAGCAGUAGCACUGGCACUGGGAUUCAUCGAUUAACAACCUGUGAUGGUAAUUCUUCGAUCGAAAAGCAAAAUGGUUGCAAUGGAAGCUUCAAACAAGAGGAAAUCAACACACCGUGCACAGCCAAAUGACUGAAAUCACAUGCCAAUGUGCACAA